CUUCCAAAGAAAAAUUACUCCCAUGACAUCGUGAAGCCCAACGUCAACGCCAACUCAUCAACCAGUCACCGAGAGAACAAUUUUUCUUAUCAGGAAACUUUAUCGACGUCGCUUAUCUUACUAUUUAGAGUCUUCUAACAAUUCCGAUUUACUCAGAACCCUUGUGAUUUGGGCUGCGAAUAUUCAGCAAUUCUUUCUCCACCUAAAGCUCUUCAACAGCUCUUAAUACCUUAAACAAUCGACUACGCGAUACACAACACCUUCAGCUAUUCAAGAUGGUUACUCUUACCGAGGUUGAGGACGAGCACUUCCAGCACCCUCAGGCUGGUCCUGAUAUUGAGGAGGACGAUGACGACUACUCCGAUACUGACUCCGAGAUUUCCAACGAGUCCGACUACGACCCUACAGAAGAGACUCUCGCUGAGCGGCUAUACGCGUUGCGCGACAUCGUUCCCCCCACUACUCGCUCAUGGAUCUCCGGCAAGGCCAACACCAUCGGUUACGCUGCCUGGAGCGUCUUUUCUUUCAGUGGCAAGGGCGCUUGGGUGCUUACUACCUCUGCCCUGUUCUUUGGUGUUCCUUUCGCCUUGUCUUUCGCCGAGGACCAACAGCUCACUGCUAUGGAGCAAGAGUACAACAUGCGACAAAGCGGCAGUGAACUUUUGACCGCUGGCUCCGAACAGAGCACCGCUGACCAAGUUGGCGCCGCCCUCGAUGGCAAGCCUGCCCAACCUUCUCUGUAAACAAACAAGUUGGAGUCACGCAAUCGAAAAACCUUAACCUUACGUUUCUGGGUAUGAGGAUAUCUUAGACAGUGCCUUUUGUUGCCAGGCGCAGUCAUUAUUGGGCCGGAAAAUACGGCUUCCCAUGUGUACAAUAAUUGUUUACGGCGUAUAUGGCCGAUUAUGACCCGUGAUGGAUGCAACUGGGUUUGACCGGGAGGAACGAGAAGCGCAACGCAUCCACGGCGCAUGGUUACCGGUGUAAAGUAUAAGAUGGGGUUGGUAAUUGCUGCGAUCUCAUCUCCAGGAAAGGCGGUUUCACAUGUAUUUUGUCACAUUAGAGCUGUAUCAUUGAUGACUUAUGUGUGAGCUUUAUAUAAACCACAGCUUGUUCUGCCUUUGUAUUGUGACACGAUUUGAGUCAAUAAUGAUGUAUGAGAGAAAGCCACGAAAUGCGAGGAAAUUGAAAGGAAUCUUCUAG